GUUAGCUUACAUCUAGCUACCUAUUAGCUCGCGCCGCACAAGGCCCCGCAGCGCGAGGCUCGGGCCCGUCCCUAUGUGCAACAUCUCGCGCUUGCAAGCUGCCAGUUCAGCAGGCGCGUGCAAGCGCGUCCCACUCCAGGAAAAAGCGUGUCCCAAGGGACGCGCCCACUCGACGGCACCAAAACCCCCUGGACGAUUGUCCCUCAAGGAUGCCACCACGUCUAUGGACUCCUCUCAAUCUCUCAUCUGCUACUGCUACUCGCACACACUGCUGCUCUGCUCACCUUCUUAGCAUCCCCAUAAGAACACUUCCUUCCUAUCCUGAGCCUUUGCUGCAUCCUAUCUAGUUAUUGCACGCACGCUCAAGGGCGCACGUGCCUCAUCUCAUGCCCGACUCAUGCCUUUUUGCACAUACGAGCCCGCCCCCCUCUUCCGACGGUGGAGACAACCCCCCACCCCCACGCACAUCCCCAAACCUUCCACUCACAAGCGCACGGAUGUCCGCGGCGAGGAGCCCGGCCUGACGCGUGUGGCGCACCGCGGCGGCCUGCUGCGGCUGGUGGGACUGGAGGGCGCCGGCGGCCACCUGGUCGGCCUGCACAUUGACGGCAACAUCACCAUGUACCACGGCAACACCGGCGCGGAGGUUGUCAGCCUGCAGUUGCGUGGCCAGCAGCCGUACCUAUCUAUCUGUUGCAGCGAGGACCUGGAGCCGGCGGGCUACGCCAACCAAACUGCACCGCAGCUGCUGUUCGAUGCCGCCCACUCGCAUCUGUUCGUGUCCGUGGCCCGCACCGCGACCGUGCACGCCGUUGAAAUCAAAAUGGCCCCGCCUGCUUCUGCUGCCACUGGGGGCGCCACUGUGGGCACUGCCGGCGCCGUGGAGCUGCGGGUGGUGCGCAGUGUGGUGCGCUAAGGAUGCCCGUAUGGCUCAAUGUCGACAGCAACCAACUACGGUAGUCAACUGCUGGCGAUAAAAGGGAGGACGUGAAGGUUGCUGUGGGCUAGGCUGUAGGAUGGCUAGCUGAUGAUGAAUGGUGGCGAAAGCAAGCGUGCAUGGCUGAUGGAACGAAGAUAGGCAUCUACGGUAGGCAUGUGAUCGAUCAUUGCAACGCAG